GGGAGGAGGGUGGAAGAAAGGGAGAUUUGGAGAGAGAUAGAGUAGAGUGAGGAAGGAAGACUGUGAUAAGGCUCCCUGCCUCCCGCAACCAGACGGACUGUGCCAGUGGAGAGAGAGAGAGAGAGGCAGAGAAAGAGAAAGAGAGCGAGUGACUGGAGCUGAGUAUUCCUUGCUGUCGUGCUGUCUUUCCGUCCUGCUGAUAUAUCCUCUGUCAUUUACUGAGUCGUCCUUCCCAGUUUAGAUGAUGUCAUCGAAGCUUCUAUCCUGCGGUUGGCUGCAGCAGCUGCUGGUGGUGCUUCUGAAGCUCACCCUAUCCUUUGCUGUACCGACCAAUGGGACAGAGUGUACGGCCAGAGGUCCUGCCUCCUACAUCCUGGUAUUUACGGGUCACUGGAGCCCCCAGACUUUCCCUAAACAGUACCCACUGUUCCGACCCCCUGCACAGUGGUCCAAACUCAUAGCUAUCACUCACAAUGGGCAGCACCGGCUGUUUCAGGAGGGGGCGCUGGCGAGUAUAGGGGUGCAGAACUUUGCUGAGGUGGGGGUAACUGUGGAGCUGGUGAAGGGGGCGAAGGAUGCCAGGAAGAGACGGGAGGUCGGUGCCAUGUACAGAACAGCGGGCAUCCCCACUGGCAUCGGACACAGCUCCACAGAACUGCUGCUGCAACCUCGGAGCCCACUGCUCUCUCUGAUGGUGAAGGUGAUCCCUAGCCCUGAUUGGUUUGUGGGAGUGGACAGUCUUAACCUCUGUGAGGGCGGCCAGUGGAAACAGGAAAUGACCCUUGACCUCCAACCCUUGGACUCUGGGACGGACAGCGGCUUCACUUUCUCUUCACCCAACUAUCCCACCGUCCCUCAGGAAAACAUCACACGGAUAACUUCCCAGAUGCCCAACCACCCAGCCAACUCCUUCUUCUACCCCCGUCUCACAGAGCUCCCGCCCAUAGCCUCCAUACGGCUGACCAGACAGAGCCGUUCAUCUGCCCGUCAAACUCCCAUGUCCAAUCACAUUCUGCCUCACCCUGUCCACCCUCAACGCUUCUCAGAGACACCAUUAGACUGUGAGGUGUCUAUGUGGUCGUCCUGGGGUCUGUGUUUGGGGCCCUGCUCCAGGGGAGGGGUCCGCCAUCGUACCCGCUACAUCCUCCUGCGGCCGGCUAACGCCGGAACACCCUGCCCCGAGCUGGAGGAACAGACCGAGUGCACACCACACAACUGUCUGAAGCGCCAGUGACCCCCGACAGAAUAGGGUGAAGUUGCCCCAAGACACUGAUUUAAAGUCAGUUUUAGGUUUAGGCCAGUAAGGUUAGGAUUCGGGACUGUAAGCUGAUCAUAGAUCUGUGCUUAGGGGGAACUUCUAAUUGGAGCCACACCCCUGGCAGUCUCCAUGGUAACACUGGGACUCAAACAUACACAGACCACAAUAAUGUAAGCAAUGGACUCUUUCACUGCAGAACGCACAAUCUCUAGACCCAGAUAAGUCUUAAGUGGCGGUGACUUGUUGGUGUGGUCUUUAUGGAGUACUCUGGCAAUCUAAAGACCAACUAGUCCUGACUUGUAUUGAGAAACACUGUUGUUGACUGAUUGACAAGUACCCACAUGACAAAAGAGCACAAUGCCAUUAUCAGUGGACAUGAGAGACAGACAACUAUGUAGAGGAUCUUCACUGGCACACACACACACACACAUGCCCUUGUACACAAAUAAUACACUUUGUGUAAACUGGGACAUUGAUUUACAUGGGAAUCCUAUACGAUGCUCAGCCAUCAUUCAACAUAACCACACAGACAGAUUUAUAAAUACCCCUUUCACAAGACACAACUGAUGAUGGCUCACUGUAGCCCAGUACCCCAUGUCAGAAAACCCUAGCCAAUAUGGAGCGAGGCGGUUUCAUAAAAGGAAAAGAGAUACAGGUUUAAAAAAAAAAAAAAAAAAAAAGAGCAGUUAUAUCUGUUGUCUCUCUUAAUAUGUAGGACAUAUUUUGUAUAUACUGUAUGUUCUGUUGUAUCGUUGUAUCUUGUGUAACUCAUGAAAUAAAUAUGGAGGUGUUUUCUGUAAAUAGAAA